UUGCUGGUUUUAGACGUUUCUCCGCCACCGACACUUACGUUUUUGUGGGAUUUUGCGAGGAUCCUGGUGCGCGCGGAUAUUAAGGCUCAGUUUGCUCGCGCUGUUUGAGGGCCAACGGUGAGGUGUGGCGCGCACGUUAAGAUUUGUCAGUGCCUGGAAGGAUCGGAUCUAAAAUAGCUGGUUUUGCCUGCAAAGAGACAUUCCAGAAAGUUUGGCUGAGCACCAUGCCUUUCCCGCGAUCCGGUGCCCACUCGUGACCCCAAUGACCUCAACGUCAGUUUUGACCAUAGAGUCAUCUUUGACCCCAAACCCUUUCUACGACCCCUGAGAAAAGACAUUAAAUAACCACGUGCAUAAGCUGCAUUGGGGUGGUCUUCCAAAUGCCUACCUCACGCCUAAAGAGCAAAUCACUGCAACCACAGCCCUGAUCAGCAGCCACCAUGACAUCAAGCAUAGGGGAUGAUUGUAGCAUCUUUGAUGGGUUGAUGGAAGAAGAUGAAAAGGACAAAGCAAAACGUGUGUCCCGUAACAAGUCUGAGAAGAAACGGAGAGACCAGUUCAAUGUCCUCAUCAAGGAACUCGGCACGAUGUUGCCGGGCAACACCAGGAAAAUGGACAAGUCCACCAUCCUGCAAAAAAGCAUUGACUUCCUGUGUAAACACAAAGAGAUUGCAGCCCAGUCGGAGUCGAGUGAGAUCAGGCAGGACUGGAAGCCUCCAUUUCUUAGCAAUGAGGAGUUUACCCAGCUCAUGCUGGAGGCUCUAGAUGGGUUCUUUAUAGCAAUAAUGACUGAUGGGAAUAUCCUCUACGUCUCCGAGAGUGUCACCUCACUACUAGAACACCUACCGACGGACUUAGUGGACCAGAACCUGUUAAACUUCCUGCCAAUUGGGGAACACUCCGAUGUGUACAAGGCUCUGUCCACGCACCCCACCGAUCCAGAGAGCCUUAGCACCGAUUUCCUGAAGACUAAGAACCACAUGGAAUUCUGCUGCCAUAUGCUGCGAGGAGCCAUUGACCCCAAAGAACCCCCUGUCUACGAAUAUGUUAAAUUCAUUGGCAACUUUAAGUCACUUAACAACGUUCCAAACAUCACGAGGAAUGGUCUAGCGGGAGUGCUACAGCGGUCACUACAACCUGCGUUCGAUGACCAGGUGUGCUUUGUAGCCACUGUUCGGCUGGCCAAACCUCAGUUUAUCAAGGAGAUGUGUACAGUGGAGGAGCCCAAUGAAGAAUUCACCUCUAGGCACAGUCUAGAAUGGAAGUUCCUGUUUUUAGACCAUAGAGCUCCACCAAUCAUAGGCUACCUGCCUUUUGAGGUUCUGGGAACAUCAGGGUACGACUAUUACCACGUGGAUGACCUGGAGACACUGGCCAAGUGUCACGAACACUUGAUGCAGUAUGGUAAAGGGAAGUCUUGCUACUACCGUUUCCUGACUAAAGGUCAACAGUGGAUCUGGCUUCAGACGCACUACUACAUCACCUAUCACCAGUGGAACUCGCGGCCUGAGUUUAUUGUCUGCACACACACAGUAGUCAGCUAUGCAGAGGUGAGGGCAGAACAGCGCAGAGAGCUGGGCAUUGAGGAGUCUAACCCAGAAAUUGCUGCAGAUAAGAGUCAGGACUCAGGCUCUGAGUCACAGCUGAAUACGUCUAGCCUCAAGGAGGCUCUGGAGCGAUUUGACCACAGCCGAACACCCUCAACCUCUUCACGUAGUUCCCGCAAGUCCUCAUCGCAUGUUUCUGACAACACUUGCACUUCAACAGCCUCCAAGCUACACAUGGACACAGCCACACCUCCUCGGCAGUCACUGGCCUCCACCAUGGAGAUGACAUCACAGCGUCGCUCAUCCAUCAGCAGCCAAUCUAUGAGCUCUCAGACCACAGGCCAGAGUGUGACUCCAGGUAUGAUCACUCAGCAGCAGCAACAGCAACAGCAACAACAACAGCAGCAGCAGCAACAACAGCAGCAACAACAGCAACAACAACAACAGCAACAACAACAACCACAGCAGCUACAGACAAACGUACAGCCAGUGAUGGAGUUCUCAGCGCAGGUGAAUGCAAUGCAGCAUCUGAAGGAGCAGCUGGAACAGAGGACGAGAAUGAUCCAGGCCAACAUCCAGCGGCAGCAGGAGGAACUGAGACACAUCCAAGAGCAACUACAGAGAGUCCAGGGACAGGGCAUACAGAUGUUGCUGCAGCAGCAGGGUGGCGCGAUGAACGUGCAGCUCCCCCAGCCCCAACGUCAGCCCCAACAACCUCCGCAGCCCCAGCCCCAAACCCAGUCCCAGGCCCAGGCCCAGGCCCAGCCCCAAACCCAGCCCCAGGGCUCUGUAUCGGCUCCACUAUACAACACCAUGAUGAUUUCCCAGCCUGGGCAGCCCAACGUGCUACAGAUCAGCACCAGCCUGCCGCAGAACAACACGCAGCAAGGCACCGCCGUGGCCACCUUCACACAGGACCGACAGAUCCGGUUCCCAGCAGGACAGCAGCUGGUGACCAAACUUGUGACAGCUCCAAUGGCAUGUGGAGCAGUCAUGGUGCCCACCUCCAUGUUCAUGGGACAGGUAGUCACUGCGUACAACCCCUUUGGUGGUCAGCAGCAGGGAGGGCAAACCCAGACCCUGACACUACAACCAGCCCAACCGCCUCAAGGUCAGCCCGAUGGACAAAACCAGACAGCUGUAGUGGCUCAGAGCGGCCAGCAGGGGCAGCAGCAGCAACAGCAGUUCCUACAGGGCACCCGUCUUCUCCACAGUAACCAGUCUACCCAGCUGAUUCUGCAGGCAGCUUUCCCACUCCAACAACAGGGCACCUUCACCCAGGCAACACACCAACAGCAACCACAGCAACAGCAACAACAACAACAGCAACAACAACAACAGCAGCAGCAGCAGCAGCAGCAGCAACGGCAACAACAGCAACAACAAUCUCUCCACCAGAGGCACCAGCAGCAGCUGAAACCACAGCCGCAGAAACAGCAGAAAGCCCCGUCAUCGCACAGGACUGACAGUGUCAGCAGCCAGCCACAAUAAAGUCUGGGGGAAAAAAAUGUGUGAAACUCUUUAGGGAUUGCUGCAUACGCUUCUUUUGAAAACUUCCUUUUCCCCCAAAUCGUUGCCCUCCAUUCCUCCAUCUGAAAGAAAUGAGUCAUAGGAAAGAGUAAAGUCUGCAAGGAACUCACUGAGAAAUGUCAGCAUGGCAACAGGAUGGAUUAAAAUCCCUGUUUCCCUCACCAGAGGGAGCUCUAGUCUCCUUGGAAAUCCAACAAAAAUCCAGAGAGCACCUUAUCGCCACGGUAAAGACAGACUUUUUUUUUUUUUUUGAAGGUGUGUCAGAGUGGAUUGACCUUGUACAGAUUUACUGUAUGAUAAAAAAAAAACAUGUAAAUAUCCACUAUAGCCUAACAGGAAACAGAAAUGUAGUAUUUUAUAUGAUUGCAUGGAAAGAAUAACUGUGUAAGCUUUUAUUAGUCGCUUUUGAAAACUGAAUUUUUACUUUGUUCAAGUGUUUUCUGGUCAGAGACGGGCAAAGACGUGCCCUCUCAGAACCCCUUCUCUCCCCCCUUCUCUAAAAAAAAAAAAAGUCCAGAAUAAGGCUUAAAAGUUCAGUUUGUUAAACAAAAUGGCUGGGCUUGGGUUUUUUCCAUGGAAGUUGUGUUUUUAAAAACGGUGUCUCUGAGACAAAAAAAAUGGCUCUUUUUAACUUUGUAAGAACACACGUCUGGCAAGAAAUUAGAUUACAGUUGAACUGAAUUAUACACAGGAUGAUCACUGUACGUGUGACGGGUUUAGAGAUUCCAAGUGCCAAUAACAUAGUCAGUUAUGUUGUUUUUAUUUCGAGCAGACUAUUCAAAGGCGUAUAUAUAUUUUCCAACAAGAUAUUACCCCUAAUAAAGUUCAUGCGUGUGUAUAUAGUAGGGAUUAUUUUUUAACAGUCAGAGAGCCCUAUACGUAACAAACAGUAUAUCCUCAUCCCCCUGAAACUUUAGCACUUGAUGUGGUUGUGUACAGUAAAUCACUGUCAAGCCCUAGUUGUUUGUAAUCUGUGGUGUGAUUCUGUGAGCUAGUGUGUGUUUUUGGGAGUACAAUCUUUGUGUGCAUGAGAGGGCAUGAGGGUGUCUGUACUUGGUGUGUGUGUGUGUGUGUGUGUGUGUGCGCGCGCUUGUCGCCCCUGUGUCUUACAAUAAUUGACUUAGUAAGGGUUUGAAGUUGCUGGAUGGUACUUGUAUUCUCAGGAAUGUGGAAAGUUUUUUGCUUCUGCCUCAGUCUGGAACCAGACCAGGAAGGAUUAGACAGUGAUGCUGCAAAGACCAGAGCAAGUGUCAAAAACGGUGUGGGGAUUGAAUCAAAUUUGACCAAGAUUUCUUAGAGCCGUCAUUGUUCCUUAGUUGUCUAAAUACUGUGGAGAGAGAAGUCUCCAAUAUAGUAAAAAAUUUGAAUAGAUUGACUUCAUUGUACGAUCUCGUGGUCUGCUGUAUCAUCAGUGUUUUGUCCUUCUUUCUCUUCCUAGGCCUCAGAAACCUUCAUGCAGUUCAGUUCACUCAUCUCUCAGUUCUCAAACAGCAGUUAAAACCGGGGCUGUGCCCAAGGCCAGUUUAGGUACAGAUGGAAAUGGGCUCAGCCCCUCUACUACAGUUGUAAGCCAUAUCAAACAAAAAAAGCCUUGGAUUGGGGGAAGUGUAAUGGUUGGCAAAGGAGCUUUUAGAAUGUGUUGUUUUGUCGUGUGUGUGUUUGUGUGUGUGUGUGUGUGUGUGUGUGUGUGUGUGUGUGUGUGUGUGUGUGUGUGUGUGUGGCUGAAUAUAGCGUCUCCCCUUCUUGAUCCUACUUCUUAUAUCACUCGGGGGUCAGUAUUGGUUUCCCCUGGCGAUAGCCAAUCAGUUCUUGCGUUGCAGUAUAAAGAAAUAAUUGUAAUAUUCAAGAAACUUCCUCUCCGGUUGGGCUCAGUAUUCUGCAAAGCCCGUGUGUGGGACAGCUCAACUUGAAUACAUGUUUGUGUGUGAGAGAGAGAGUCUGUAUGUAUGUUAACUGUCACUGUAACCCGUUAUAUUUUCAUAUGGAAACAGAUUAGUGACUGAAAAAGAAUGGAUUUUAGGCAGUGCAGAGCAUUGGUCACCUGUCAGUCUCUAAAGAUUAUAGGCAGUGUUGUUUUACAGUGACAGACUGCUCAACAAACACUUUAUCACAACAACUCUACAUCAGACCAGUCCCAAAUGGUAACCCUCUAAGAUACACUUUGAAUUAAAUCAGCAAUUAAGCAGGGAAAAACCUGUUCUCGACUUGAUCCACAAAUAAGGAAUAGAAGAUUUACAGUGAGGGUCUUAUUGUUUGAACCAGGUCUUCCACCCAUCACAUAGCAAUCGUAGAUCCUAUAUAGACUAGUUUGUGUUUACGGCAUCACUCUAAAGGGUAAUGUUGAAAUGUUUAUAGUUUGUGUCACUGAUACCCAGCCCAAAGAAUGUAAAGGUGUUUUAAGAGACAAAUGGAUGUUGUAACUGUUGAUUAUGGAGAACCUUUUGACAGGCUUUGUGAUGAAGGAAAACGAGGGGUAUGAAAGAAAAUCAUGUUUCUCACUGCUAGGAACCACAAAUAGAAUCUGAAAUGCAGUCUUAUUUACAGGCUUUGCAUUGUACAAGAACCUCUGAAUGUUUCACCAUUACAAACUUUCUGUUUUGCAACAACAAUUUUCUGACAUCUGUUUGGAGAAAGAGUUGAAAACCUGUGAAAUGUUAGCGAGCCCCCCCCUCCACGGAGACACACAGAUCACUUUUCCACUACACAGUUUGGUUCUAAAGAGUCCUAGUUUAAUACUGUACACAUACACAAAGCUAAGAACACCAGUAUUCAGUGUAAAACAGUGCUAUGCUUACCUGUACUGUAUGUGCAGACAGGUGAUGAAGGAAAAACCUGAUUCAGUGAGUAGAAAAUAUAACACAAAUGUUUCCACACAGGUGCACUGCACGGUACAAUGGUACAUGCUCUAAGCGAUUUUUAAAGAGGGUCGGACGCAGGAGCUUCAGCCACAAUAACGUGUUGAUGUAGGAAGAGUGACUGAAGUGAUAUCUGCAUUUAGAUGUAUGGGAAAGACAUCAGUAAACAGGGUUGGAGAUUUGUUCAACGGUGCAUAUAUAAUGACCGUCAUGCUUGUGUGUCAGACUAGAGGAAAAACAGAAGAGCAGCUCUUCCUCAGGUGACUGAGAAUGUCAAAAGAUCGACAAUUAGAGGGAUUUAAAGUAGCGCCGCAGUGCUUAAAGCCCUCAUUACAGUGAUGAAUGCACACUUGAGAGCUUGGUAGUGCAAAAACCAUCAGCACUGAUCUACAGAGAGCAAAACUGAUAUGGUCCGUCACCUUUUUCUCAACAAGUGGGCGAGUGCUUGUGAGUUAUACACCAAGAGAACGGUACUGGCCUGAACACUUGACCCCUACAGUGGGGGGAUUCGGUGGCUGUUAUGCUGCUGGGGGACACUCUGUUGUUAUGGUUUGAGUCCACUUAGAGGGAAGAGUCUCUGCAAAUCGAUACAAAGUUGUUCUUUAUCCUAUAAUGAAACAUUUCUACCCCGAAGGGAGUGGUCUCUUUCGUGCUCAAGAAUCCCCCAUCCGUGGGUGUUACGAGUAUUAAAAUGGUGUGAAUCAUAUGCUAUGGCCUUCACAGUAAACACAUCUCAGCCCAGUUGAACACCCAUUGGAGAUUUUGGACCAACAUGUUAGACAGCGCUCUCCACCGCCACCAUCAAAACACCAAAUGAGGGAAUAUGUUUGGACGGGCGGUGUUCUUCCCUCCUGUAGAGUUCCAGAGGCUUGUAGAAUCAAUGCCGAGGCGCAGCGAAGCCGCUCUGGCAGCACGUGACGGCCCAACACCUUAAUAAAAUGCUUUAUGUUGGUUUUUCCUUUACUUUGUCACCUGUCUGUAUGUAUGUAUAUCCCUUCUUCUGCUCUUGAACUGUGCUCCUUUAUCAACCCCAAAGUCAAAUGUAAUAAUAAUCAAUAUUUUGAGGCAAACUGUUUGCUAUUAUUAUAACCCCCCCCUCUCCCCUCUUGGUCAAUUUGAAAAUAAAAACUG